AUGAAGAGAUCCAGCUCACGCAAGUUGACACGGAUCAAAAAGUCUUCUUCUCCUCACAGGGUAUCCAAGGUUACCAAGCAACAGCAGCAACAGCAGCAGCAUCAGGAGCAGCAGCAACAGAAAUUUUAUGAGAUUGCUCUCAAGCGACCCUUGUCAUCAUCAUCAUCAUGUCCUCCUUUGUCACCACCCUCGUCCAUCUCCUCCCCUUCCUCUUCAGUGGCAACACCCUUUUCUCACAAUGAUGCCAUUGUCUCUGAUGAUGACCCACAAGUGCAUUUUCUUGCUGACCAACUCAAACGCCAGCUGUCAAAUGCCCUUGACAAGGUAUCAUCAUCACCCUCUUCCUCUGAACAUUUAGGAACAGCAACAGGCGGUGGUGAUAGUAAAGGACCAUUAAGGACGUCAUCUUUAUCGACAACAACACCACCUGACCUUGUUAGUGAUGAUGUGGGUGCUCCUGCUGCAAGCCAUCGGCGAUUACACAAUCUGGAUCUCUUGAAGCAAUACCUCAUGUUUGUCGCACAAGAGGCUUCUAUUGACAUUCAGCACGACGACAACAACGAUGGCUGUGGCGAACGAAAAAUCGUGAUUGGUAUUCCAAAUGAGAACCAUCAUAUACAUCCUGGAGCACGUUUAAUUGAAAGCUAUGUUCAUGGUCAAUCGAAGAUGACUUCAGUGAUUGAAGGACAAAAUAAGGCGUCAUCUUGCUCCUCCUCUUCUCACACCACCACAACAACAGUACCACCAAAGCAACAACAUCGUCGUCGUCGACGUAGUAGCCGUCAAAAGCAAAAACCAAAUGCCGUCCCAUCUUCUUCUGCUUCAGCAACAGCAGCGGCGGAACCAACCCGCAUGAUCAAGUGUAUUUGUGAUACACCCAACGAAGGUUUUGGCGCCAUGGUCCAAUGUGACGAUUGCCAUCGCUGGUUGCACUUGGAAUGCCUGAAAAUGACGGAUGAGUUUGCCCAUCAAGAAAACUUUGCAUGUCCCCAAUGCUUCGUCUCCAAUGACAACGCCCUGGAUCGUCGUGGUCGAGUGAGUUCAAGUAUCACUUGGCGCUAUGCUGCUCGUAGAGAAAGUGAACGUAUGGCUGCUGCAAUGGAUAUGGAAAUGACCAGUGAUGAAGAGGAAGAGGGACAUCAAGACCAAAAAAGCAUGCGUUGCUGUGACAACGACAACGAUGAUGACAAUGAUACGGAUGUUGGUACCCAUAGUGAAGCAAGUACACCAGAGUAUUACGUACAAUCUCAAGAGGGUGGUGGUGCAUCUCGAAUGGAUUAUUUUGCACCUCAUGCCUCGGAUGUCUUUUUAUGUGAAAGCUCGAUCCAUGGCCCCACCACCAUCUCCCCGACUACCAUCACUACAGACGCUUUGCCUUCGUCUCUAUGCACACAAGACCUACUCGAAUUCUCCUUUGAUACCGGCCCCUUCUGGAAACCCAUUCUUUGA